AUGCACAUUUUAUCUGAGUAUGAUUAUGCAAAAGUUGUUUGGUUUAGUGAUGGGUACAGGCUAGAUGGAAAUCAGUGGAACAAUCCAAAGGAUUGGAUAGCUUCAUGGUUCUCUGGUUAUGAUUCUUCAACCAUUAGUAAGAUGGCUAUUAUAUGUUGGUUCUUAUGGAAAGAUAGAUGCAGUAUGGUGUUUGAAAAUAAAACUCAAACUCCAAAACAGUCAACUCAUUCCAUAGACAAAUUCCUUCACAAUGCAGUUUCAGUUUCAAAAAAGAAUAAUGAUCCUGCUAAGAGUUUAGCAGUUCCUAAAUGGCAGCCACCUUAUAAUGAUUUCAUUAAACUAAAUAUUGAUGCAUCUUAUUGUGAUCGUACUAACACAUGUGGAUAUGGUCUAAUAUUUCUUAAUUGUGCAGGUACACAUGUAACUUCGAAAUGUAGCAGUUUUAUAGGGGAAUUGGACGCUCAUUAUUUGGAGAGCUUAGCCGUUCUGGAAGGAGUGCAAUGGGGACUACAGUUAGGCUUAAAGAAGAUCAUAAUAGAGUCUGAUUACAAGAGUCUCAUACAAGCUAUUAGAAGGGAGGAGUAUGAUAUCCCUUAG